AUGCAGAAUAAAAAAGUGAGACAGAAACAGUCUGCGUCGGUAUCAGGCUUCUUUGAGAAACCGCCACUUUUCCCGAACGGUCUGCGAGCACACCUUGCAACCAACUUAGAAGGCCGACUUGCCUUAAGAUCGGGUGUAAACUUGGACCACACUUCCCGCACCCAUUUGGUAAGAUCUGUGGUCGAGUAUUUGUUCAAAUACUUCUCAUGUAAGAACAAUGUUUUCAGAAUAAACUCACAAAUCCUCCAAAAAGAAGCGGCGGAAAUCGUACUAGAAUAUCCGAACGAGAAGGCUUCGGUGUAUUUUGUGCCCGGAAAACCGAAGACGAAACACAGUAGCAGAACAUUAAGCAGCGGAAAUAUAUUCUUCUAA